AUGGAUAGGAGUUGGAUGCAAUUGGAUGACAAACUUUGUGACCAAUACUUGAAUGGAGUUAAUGAUUUCCUUGAAUUCGAGUUCAGAAACCCACGCAUAGAUGGAAAAAUUCAGUGUCCUUGUCUACAAUGCAACAAUACAUAUUUUUUUUGUCAAGAUGAUGUCAAGUUUCAUCUAGUUAGGUAUGGAAUAGUUAAGAAUUACGUUAGUUGGUACUACCACGGGGAAGAGGUAUUGGUUGAAGUAGAGAUUAGUGAUGAGGAUGAUGACAACAAUGAUAAUGGCGAUAUGCGUCCUAUGCUGGAAGAAGCCUUUGGGUUGCCAAAUGUUAAUAUUGAUAUGGGUCAUGAUUCAUCUAACGAGAAUGAACCGAAUUCGAGUGCAAAUUUUUUUUAUGAAUUAUUGCAUGAUGCCGAACAACCUUUAUUUCUAGGAUGCACCCAUGUGUCGAAGCUUUCAUUUCUUGUGAAACUGUUGCAUUUGAAAUGUUUAAGUGGGUGGAGUAACAAUUCAUUCAACAUGCUAUUUGAGAUAAUAAGAUCUACAUUUCCAGUGAGUGAAACUGUGCCUUCUUCUUAUUAUGAAGCUAGGAAAUUCAUCCAAGUUUUAGGACUCGAUUAUGAAAAGAUAGAUGCAUGCCUAAAUGAUUGCAUACUUUUUCGAAAAGAAUAUGUAAAUUAUCAUGAAUGUGUGAAAUGUGGUGCUCCUAGGUGGAAGUCAGUGGCAGGAAAAGAAGAUGUAACUGGGAAAAAGGUACCUACAAAAAUCCUGAGGUAUUUUCCUUUAACCCCAAGGCUUCAAAGGCUAUAUAUGUCAUCCAAAACAGCUUCAAAUAUGCGAUUGCACGAAGAUAAACGUGUUAAGGAUGGGUUAUUACGUCAUCCAGCUGAUUCUGAAGCUUGGAAAAAGUUAGAUGAGCAUUAUCCUUUGUUUUCAAUUGAACCUCGUAAUGUUAGACUUGGAAUGGAAAGUGAUGGAUUUAAUCCAUUUGGCUCAAUGAGCAUUGCUCAUAGUACAUGGCUUGUGAUUGUAGUUCCAUAUAGUUUGCCCCCUUGGAUGUGCAUGAAACAGCCUUAUCUCAUAUUAACCUUACUUAUUCCUGGUCCAAAAGCCCCUGGAAAUCACAUUGAUGUUUAUUUGCAACAUUUGACUGAAGAAUUGAAGGAGUUAUGGGAGACCGGUGUUCAAACGUAUGAUGCCUCAAAGAAACAAAAUUUUCAGAUGCAUAUAGCUAUUUUAUGGACUAUUAAUGACUUUCCUGCCUAUGCAAAUUUGUCUGGAUAUAGUACAAAGGGAAAUGAAGCUAAGAUUGCCGGCCCUGUCCAGUAUCGUUGGAUGUAUCCAAUUGAAAGGUAUUUACGCACAUUGAAAUCUUAUGUCUGUAAUAAGAGUUGUCCAGAGGGUUCAAUUGCAGAGGGAUAUCUUGCAGAAGAAUACCUUAAUUUUUGUUCUAGAUACCUAAAAGGAUGUGAAACGAAAUUCAAUCGCAUUGAAAGAAAUGCUGACGGGGAUGGUGUGAAAACAAUUGGUGGAUUAUCUGUGUUUACUCAAACAGGUCGUGCUUUAGGAAAAGCGACUCAAUGUGAGCUUGGAAGAGAGGAAUGGUCCCAAGCUAGAUUAUAUGUCCUUAAAAAUUGUGAUGAAAUCCAAUCAUUCAUAGAGUAA